UUGCACCUGAUAAAAAAAUACUCGUUUCUACGUAGUAAUUUAGUUCAAUCACCCCUGUCAAGGAGGAGGUGACAUUUUCAUCGGUAAAUUUUGAAAGAUCAUCAGAUAAAAAUUAUUUUAGACCUGAGCAAUGACCUAACCUCUAUCAUAAAUCCUGAUUUAAUUUUGAUACAUAUUAAGAAAUGAUAUUUUACAAAAAAGUGGGUAUAAUGAACGACCAUACCCUUAUCCCACGCACUUUUCUGUGAGAGUAUUUAAAGCCCGGUGAUUGACAUAAAAAUUGUGUUGGGGAAACAAAGUUCUCAAAAAGCACAAAUUCAUCAAUUUGUCAAAAUGGCAGACUUUUCUGAUUUAAUGUAAGUAAACUCGGUUCUAUGAUUUGUUGCAUAUACGGUAAACUAGUAAUUGAAAGUUUUGUGUCAUAUACAUACCGGGGUAUUUUUUUAUUUACUUAUUUAUGCAGUGACUUUGAAACAUCUCCUGAGUUCGAAGAAUUAUGGAAACAAAUAGAAAAACAGGAAAUAGAGAAGCAGACCCCUUCAUUCUCAAAAUCUUCCAUUGUUCCUCAAAAAGGAGCGACGCAGGCGUCUAAAGUAGUGGUUCAAGAUAGCACAGGGCCUUCCGUCCUGAAGAACUUACUGUCAGGCACAGUAAAAAAGGAACAAACAACGACCAGCCCUUUCAACGAAAAAGCAGAGAACGUCAAAACAACAAUUAUCCCUCUGGUCCCAGUUUUGGCAGACAAUGAUCACAUUAAAACAGAGCUACCUUUCAAAAGGUACUCUGCUUGUACUUCAAGUGUAUCGACACCGUCAUACUCUCCUGCGCAUGAUGAAAACUGGCCCCCAACACUAACGGAUUCUACAACGUUAGCCGCCAACGCAGAGGACUCAAUUCUCACAACGUUCAGGAGGAAUAAUAAAAAAAAGUUUAAGACCCUGGAGAAGAGAUUUUCAGAGCCCUUGGCUGUUGCUUCCCGAGAGUUGGAAGUUCUAAAAUCCUUGCAAAAGCGGAUGGCGCUGGAUCUUCAGCAAAGUGAGAUAAUUUUAAAUUAUCUCACAUCGAAAUACGGAGAGCCCGAGAAGAAACGUGCAAAAUUUUCUUCUUCCUAAUAAACAUUUCGAUUUUUGAAGAACUUAAGCUUAACUUAAUCAAAUUAUUUGUUUAUAAAUGUUUGAUUGACCAUUUGGCUUUAAAAACUUCCGGUAUUGAAUAACGAGAUGAAACAAGUUGACAAUCGUAGUAAAGUGUUACAUUUAUGAGACAAUAGUUCAAUGGUGUUCAUAUCUUUUGUAACUGUUUGAAAAUAAAGGAUUUUUUUUGCAAGAUGCACAUGCAAUUAGUAGUUUUUCAAUUCUAACAGUUUUUAACAAACAAUAAAUUGUUUAACAGACUUUUAUCGUUUUUGUUUCUCCCGUGCCUCUACAAAAAUAUUCGAAAAAUCUAACUGAUAGAAAAUAAUAAUCAUACCUUUUGUAAAACACCAUUAUAGUCCUUUCAUAACAUUGUAUGUGUUUGAAUGUUAAAUUUCAUGCGUAAUUUAUAGUUCCAUAUUAAAUGUACUUAUUAACACGGUGACCCAGGUCAUACGGUGUCUUGGUUAUCAAG